AUGUCACAUUCAGCAAAUCUGUUCCGACCACAGCAGUCGUUAUUCAGCCGUCGCUACACCUACAUGAAGCUCAACGAAGCACCUAAAAAGAAGGUCAUCACAUCACCUAUGCUGGACGCGUCAACCGCUAGAGUGCCGCGUUCAAGUGACCCGAAUGAGACGGCAAUCAGAUCAAGUGCCUUGUUCCGUAUUUUCGUAAGCAGCCUACAGUUCAGUGACGAUGCGUUCAUUCGAUCGAAACUGCCUGAUAAAAUUGAAAUCUGA